AUGGGAUGCUGUGGAUCCGUAUUAAAAAUAUCAUAAUAUAGACCAGUCUUGUAGUCAGCCUUUCCAUAGGUUUUUUUAUAUACAAAGGAAGACAUUUUUGCACAUUUCAUUGGCUAAACUUGAAAAAUGGCAUGGACCUAAAUAGAUAUAUUUUGAUUAAGAGAGGACCUUUUCCAACCGAACGGUUCAUUACGAACACCCGGUCCUACUCCCCGAGCUCCCUUAUCUGUGGGCCUGUAGCUUUCAGUGUGUGUGUGUGUGUGUGUGUGUGUGUGUGUGUCUGUCACUCUGUGUGUCCAAAAAUAUCAAAGAAUCCGAUAACCACAACCAGACACUAAUAUGAACCCCCUUCCCUUACGAGAAAAUUAUAAACAAACAAAAAAAAAAUUGCGGCUGUUACAAAUCUUCAAGUUUGCCAUUCACCUUUAGCUACUUGGGAAAUUUUGGAAUAUGCAACAGUUGCCAAAUAAACACAUCAAAACCUAUUAACUAUAAGCCACUGCGGAGACAGUAUCUUAUAUGACAUGCUCUCACUGCGGUUAAAAAAGAUCCAUCAUUUGUCCAAAUAGGGAGCAUUUCAAAAUUGCGCUCAUUUCUUCGAAAACCUCACAGAAAACAACACCAAACAACAGCACAGAAGUGUCUUCAGCGUCCACAUUCGCUUGAAUUCCCUGAGCCUGUCAAAAAAGGUCCCAUAAUCACGCAAACAUUGGAAGUCUCCAUCCUACACCCCUUUAGGCUUCCUCCUUUCACAUUAAUCAUCCAAGCAUUCAGCCGACGAGAACUGUGAGCUAAUAACAUCGCGAGCUAAUCCGCUAUCAUCAGGCCAGCCUAUGUGGACUGACGGCGCAUCUCUCAGAGUGCCUCGUAUCUUUCUGGGAUUCUCCGAGGUAUCAGGUGGUCGUCGACCCGUCAAAAGUACACCCGUUCUAUGAGGAAAACUCUUUUUGUUGGAGAACUGGUUUAUUAACUGCAUCAGUUAUCAUAGCACUGGGAAGACUGGUUUUACGAGUUUGUGAAGCUAUUCUACAUAUUGUUGAGCUAUGACAACGGCGCAGAGUGACUGUGGAGUUGUCAAUGAAAGGCAUGUUUCUCUGCAAACAGACACUCUAAAGGCCGAUGAGAUCCCGGCAGACAUACGGGCCUUUUUCGGCCACCCCCUCACCGCUGCCACCACUGCUAUCGAUGGUGAAGAUGCGCAUGCGUCAGCACUGGCGCUUCUUCACGAAUACCAUAACUUACCUGCGAUCGACAGGGGUGAUCUUAAGGUUGGGGACAAAUACGAAUCCAUCCAAGAUUUACUUGAUAAAAGUGAAAGGCAAGACAAGGCAGCUGGAACAGAGAAAGAUUCUUUCAGUGCCCCCAGCAGCGAUAGCAGUGACAGCAUAAGCAGCAGCGAAGGGCAGCCGAAGUCGGAGGACCCAUGGUUGUCACAGGAGCUGGAGAACAUUCUGAAUGACAGAGCCAAUACGACCCAGGAGAGACCGUCGCCCAAACCCUCUUCCUCACAGAGACGUCAUUAUCCACAGAGACAGAACGGUUGUAUAGACAAAAACGAUCAUCUCGAUGACAGCGAAAACUGUCUGAAAGACAAUUUCAACUUUAGCGACGGAAAAGAAUGCAAGUCGUCGCAGCCAGAGGGAGAUUCUGUCUGUACAGUUAAUUCGGCCAUAUUGAACGUCGUAAUCAAACAAGAAGGAACAAAACAUUGCAGCCUGCAAAAUAACAGUGCCAACAACAACAACAUGGACAUUCAUAUUAAUAACACCGGUAAUGUUAAUGACUUACUGAAAAUGAAACUUAAUGGAGGAACAAAUGGACACUGCUAUGAUGAUCUCAGGUUAAAUGGAGUCGUACAUGAUGACAGUGUAGACACAGAUGCCAAGCCAUCUGAAAAUACAAAGAGACUUAUGCAGGCUCUCACAGAGAAAAUUUUGAGGAAGAAAAUAGAACACAAUAUUCCUCUCGGUCACACUGUUGUUGAGCAGCAGAGAAAUGGAGUGGUGUCUGCUAGAACAGAAACCGGGGAACAUGGACAUGACUUUGUGUUGGUACGCUCGGACAGUUUUUUGGAAGAUCUGCAUGGAGACUAUGAUUUACAAAAUGAAAGCCAAAUGACAGACAUCAGUUACAACGGCCUGCAUUCUAACGGUCUGGAUUACCAUCCGGGACCUGUUGUCACCCAGUCUCAAUGGCACCAUCCAACACCGGCCAUAUCGCACGACUUCAAUGGCCAUGCAGUGGCUUCCACAACUUACGCCAACCCUUCCAACUCUCAUCAUCAACCGUAUCAAAAUGCAGAUUUCUUAAAUAUUGUAUAUCAAAAUGGGUUCAGUGCUUCGAGCCAAGCCGAAUUUCCCCAACACCAAUCCCGUCCUAGUCCACCCACGAGUCUGUCUCAGGCUCUACAAAAUGGUCCACAAACCAUGAACGGAUUUGGUCACGAUGUUGUCAGCAACGCCGCCUUCCCUGUGGAUUAUAGCACUUUUCCAGUGAGAUCGUCUCUAGGAACGGAGAAUUAUAAUUUGAAGUCUCCAGACAGUGGAUACAAUGAGAACUGCAACUCGCCCACGGAUGCUACAUCACCACCGGUAUUUGGAGAAACUGGCCCGUCUUUCUACCCCGCCGUUACAACAAACAGCAGCAACCACAGUCCUUCGAAAGAACGGGGAGUGAAACGCAGGCGUUCCUCGGUGUCAUCCAACUCCAGCAAGCACUGCAAUCAGACGCCAUCUAAAUUCAUAUACCCUCCAUCGUCUACCAUCCCCAAACUUGAGAAUGAUAUUACUGGAUAUCGCUACUCACUGGAGGCGCCAAUAUCUACCAGUCAGAGGAUUGAUGAAGAUAGAAUGACUUAUAUGAAUAAAGGUCAGUUCUACACAAUAACGCUUGACAAUGUCCUAGGGGAUCGGAUCAUGAAAUGUCAUACUGUCAAGUCUGUAAUAAUGCUAGUAUUCCGUGACGACAAAACAAUUGACGAUGAAAUGAAAGCUUGGGAGUUUUGGCACAGCAGGCAACAUAGCAUCAAACAGCGCAUUCUAGACAUAGAUACAAAAAACAGCACUGGGAUUAUUAGUAAUUGUGUGGAUGAAAUAGCACACAAUGCAGUGGUGGUUCGAUGGAAUCCAAAGGAACAACCCGCCAAGGUGUCAGUAGCUGUCAACUGUCUCAGUACCGACUUCAGUAACCAGAAAGGGGUCAAGGGCUUCCCGCUCCAUCUCCAAAUUGACACGUUCGAGGACAGUACGGAUUCGUAUCCUAUACAUCGCGGAUACUGCCAACUGAAAGUCUUCUGUGACAAGGGUGCGGAACGAAAAACGCGUGAUGAAGAACGAAGGAAGGACAGCAAAGGUACUGCGACUGGAGCACGAAAACGACAAGAAGACAUUUACCAUCCGCCGUGCGAGAGGUCCGAGUUCUAUGCAAUGGCAGAUCUUCAGAAGCAACCUCUGCUCUUUUCUCCUGUUGCCGAAUGCAAUAAUUUUUCAGGAAAGGUUUCGCUAACUGCUAUAGAUUUUAUCGGAUACAGUGAUAUAAACAAAAGCUGCGAGGAGAUGAUGCCUGUAGAUAAGAAGAUAAAGGUGGAACGCUCUGUGCUGGAAGACCAAAAAGUUCUCCUGUACGUGCGUGAGGAAUAUGAAGACGUUUAUACGGCGUUACUAGUGUUAAGGCCCACUUUAAAAAGCCUCACAGAAGCCAUCGAAGAAAAAUAUAACAUACCGGUGCAAAAUAUUAGAAAUGUGUUCAAGAAAUGCAAGAAAGGGAUCCUUGUCAAGAUGGAUGACAAUAUCGUCCGCCAUUAUUCUCAUCAGGCGACAUUUAUCAUCAAGAUCAUGAAAACCGCAGACGAUCCCGAACCCUGCUAUGACGUCAUUCUCAGAGAGUUAGAGGACUGAAUUAGUUUACAGAAUAUAUUAUUAAAAGUGUACUUGUGUAAAAAAAAAUCUUGGGCUGACUGUAAGUUAACAAAAUUUUCUUGUGCCUACAACUUUGGGGUCCCAGAAAAACGAAUCCUUGUACCAUAUUGCAGACUACGGAUUUAAUUUCAGCCCCACCACAGAGUAAUAAAGCGUACAUAUUAGCUGAAGUGACAUAUAAGCCAUAGAAAUCGAAAUCGAAUCCGUCUUUACCAUUAAGUGCCAUUGUGAAUCAGAAUUUUAAGAUUGAUGAGUUAAAUUAUAUUGUGCAUUUUACCAUAAUUCCGGACGGCGUUUAGUUCGGCUGGGGCCAUGUUCAUGUGCUGUAGAAAAAUUUCAAUGUCGUUCAGCGAACGGAAUAUAUUUUGUAUAUAUGUGCUUUUUUUGAAGGGGGGAGCUUACACAUGAGGAUCAAAUGCACACGUUGUGCUUGUGUUUUCAUUACUUUUUGAGCGUGUUUGAUUCUAUUCCCAGGGUAAGAACUAUUCCUGUCUAACUGUCCAUUUCCACUUUAUUUAUUGUAAAUGAUUAUUUCUCUUUUACUCAUUAUUGAAAGAUAUGUAUAUAAUUUAAUUUACCAUAUACUAGGAUAAACAUUCUCUAUUUCCAACAAACGGGGUCUCAUUGUAAUGUUAAACAUUCAUCCAUUCCAAACACCAUUAUCUUGUAAGUAGCCGGUGCAAACAUCCUUCACUAGCUUUAGAGUAGAUUUUGUAGACCGAAAAAACAGUUAUGAUAUAAGUGCCCUUAAAUGUUUGGUUAUAAACCAUACUAGAGACUGUAGGAAUAGUGUAAAAUAAACAGCCAUAUAAUUGUGUCCAUCAUAUAAUCUAAUAAGCUGACAAAACGUUUCUACAGGUUCAUAGUUAAUUGUACAUUUAAAGUUAAUUUGGCUUUGUUUGAUGGCUAAAUUAUCCACAUGUAGACGAGUCCAGCAUCAAAUAACGUUAUUUUGCUGGAUUUUUAUCUUUGGAAAGUCGGCUGGUUAUGGCUGAUGAAACCAGUUUAUAAACAUGAUAAACUAUGCAAGAAUUGCUCUAAUACAGCUCAAUCUUAAAGACAAAAGAAGUGAUAAAGAUGAUAAAAGAAGACAGCAAUUUUACUAUUUUCUUAAUAGCAGAUGCAACAACUAAUGUACUUUCUUUUUGUAUUGUUUUGAAACUUGUUUAAGGUGUUUAAUCCUUGUAUUGUGCAUGCAUUUUUAGAGCAUAAUAAAAUUCUGAUGCAGCCAAAUGCUUUCCAGUUGUGU